AUGGUCAAGAAUUCUUUGUUCCCAUCGACAACGCAAUUUCAUUAUAUCGAAUACUCUACCCUUGGUUGUAACCAAUCUCACCAGAGGGCCACACGCAGCAAAAGGAGAACAAGAGUUCUAUUCGCAGUGCCCUUCACAGAUUAUUUCAUAGGCGCCCGGCAGCUCAAGCGGUGCUGGGAAGGAGAAUACUCCCUCACCCAACCUCUCCAAGUCACUCACGCGACUCCGGGGAAUGAGGCAGGCUCACAGUGGAACUGUUCCCAGCGCAUGGCCCAUUCACUACAAUCAACGACGAGAUCGCAACUACCUUUCUGUGGUGCAAUGCCGAUGACAAGCCCGCCAGACGCAGCUGGAUCAAGAAGAAGCGCGGCCUGGCCAUGUCCCUCGUCAAUGAGGAGCAGACAAGUCACCCCACCAACUAAGAAUGGCCAUGCACCACCACCCACAAAAUCAAGAAAGAGCUCUCAAUCUGUCAAUCCUCUAUGCUCUCCAUUCUACCUCGUCUAUAGCUCUGGCGCUCGCCCAUCAGCAAAAAGACCAUUGCGAGCGUCAGAGCUAUGGCUACGGUACUUGACCGUCACGGAGAAGAGCCGUUUCCCGGACCCGACAAUCAAUCGAAGCCGAAGCGUUCCCGCCACCAACACUCCUGACAACUCACUGGGGAUGCCUGCGUUACGAUAG